AGAAAUAGGGCAGCCGCGGCGGCGGUGGCACAGCAGCGGGCAGCGGCGGCUCAGGGAGCUGGAGCCUCAACAGCCUCCAGCGAGCCCGGGACCCGCCGACAGCCCGAGAAACCAGCCGAAGGACGCGGGGCGGGGUCGCCGCCGCCGCCACGGGGCGCUCCCUCCCUCCCGCCCGAGUCCGGCCACCUGGUCUUCCUCUCGGCCCCGGCCGUCUCAGACUCAUCAAAAUGAAACCAGGAGGCUUUUGGCUGCAUCUCACACUGCUCGGAGCCUCCCUGCCGGCCGCGCUGGGAUGGAUGGACCCAGGAACCAGCAGAGGCCCGGAUGUGGGUGUGGGGGAGUCACAGGCAGAGGAGCCCAGAAGCUUUGAAGUCACAAGAAGAGAAGGGCUUUCCAGCCACAUCGAGCUGCUGGCCUCCUGUGGGAAGAAGUUCUGCAGCCGAGGGAGCCGGUGCGUGCUCAGCAGAAAGACAGGGGAGCCCGAAUGCCAGUGCCUGGAGGCAUGCAGGCCCAGCUACGUGCCUGUGUGCGGCUCUGAUGGGAGGUUUUAUGAAAACCACUGUAAGCUCCACCGUGCUGCUUGCCUCCUGGGAAAGAGGAUCACCGUCAUCCACAGCAAGGACUGUUUCCUCAAAGGUGACACUUGCACCAUGGCCGGCUAUGCCCGCUUGAAGAAUGUCCUUCUGGCACUCCAGACCCGCCUGCAGCCCCUCCAAGAAGGAGACAGCAGACAAGACCCUGCCUCCCAGAAGCGCCUCCUGGUGGAAUCUCUGUUCAGGGACUUAGAUGCAGAUGGCAGUGGCCACCUCAGCAGCUCUGAACUGGCUCAGCAUGUGCUGAAGAAGCAGGACCUGGAUGAAGACUUACUUGGUUGCUCACCAGGUGACCUCCUCCGAUUUGACGACUACAACAGUGACAGCUCCCUGACCCUCCGCGAGUUCUACAUGGCCUUCCAAGUGGUUCAGCUCAGCCUCGCCCCCGAGGACAGGGUCAGUGUGACCACAGUGACCGUGGGGCUGAGCACAGUGCUGACCUGUGCCGUCCGUGGAGACCUGAGACCACCAAUCAUCUGGAAGCGCAACGGGCUCACCCUGAACUUCCUGGACUUGGAAGACAUCAAUGACUUUGGAGAGGAUGAUUCCCUGUACAUCACCAAGGUGACCACCAUCCACAUGGGCAAUUACACCUGCCAUGCUUCCGGCCACGAGCAGCUGUUCCAGACCCACGUCCUGCAGGUGAAUGUGCCGCCAGUCAUCCGUGUCUAUCCAGAGAGCCAGGCACAGGAGCCCGGAGUGGCGGCCAGCCUGAGAUGCCAUGCUGAGGGCAUUCCCAUGCCCAGAAUCACUUGGCUGAAAAACGGCGUGGAUGUCUCAACUCAGAUGUCUAAACAGCUUUCCCUUUUAGCCAAUGGGAGCGAACUCCACAUCAGCAGUGUUCGGUAUGAAGACACAGGGGCAUACACCUGCAUUGCCAAAAAUGAAGUGGGUGUGGAUGAAGAUAUCUCCUCGCUCUUCAUUGAAGACUCAGCUAGAAAGACCCUUGCAAACAUCCUGUGGCGAGAGGAAGGCCUCAGCGUGGGAAACAUGUUCUAUGUCUUCUCCGACGACGGCAUCAUCGUCAUCCAUCCUGUGGACUGUGAAAUCCAGAGGCACCUCAAACCCACAGAAAAGAUUUUCAUGAGCUAUGAAGAAAUAUGUCCUCAAAGAGAAAAAAAUGCAACCCAGCCCUGCCAGUGGGUAUCUGCAGUCAACGUCCGGAACCGGUACAUCUAUGUGGCCCAGCCAGCACUGAGCAGAGUCCUUGUGGUCGACAUCCAAGCCCAGAAAGUCCUACAGUCCAUAGGUGUGGACCCUCUGCCGGCUAAGCUGUCCUAUGACAAGUCACAUGACCAAGUGUGGGUCCUGAGCUGGGGGGACGUGCACAAGUCCCAACCAAGUCUCCAGGUGAUCACAGAAGCCAGCGCCGGCCAGGGCCAGCACCUCAUCCGCACACCCUUCGCAGGAGUGGAUGAUUUCUUCAUUCCCCCAACAAACCUCAUCAUCAACCACAUCAGGUUUGGCUUCAUCUUCAACAAGUCUGACCCUGCGGUCCACAAGGUGGACCUGGAAACAAUGAUGCCCCUCAAGACCAUCGGCCUGCACCACCAUGGCUGCAUGCCCCAGGCCAUGGCGCACACCCACCUGGGCGGCUACUUCUUCAUCCAGUGCCGUCAGGACAGCCCCGCCUCUGCUGCCCGACAGCUGCUCAUUGACAGUGUCACAGACUCUGUGAUUGGCCCCAAUGGUGAUGUAACAGGCACCCCACACACAUCCCCCGACGGGCGCUUCAUAGUCAGUGGUGCAGCUGACAGCCCCUGGCUGCACGUGCAGGAGAUCACAGUGCGGGGCGAGAUCCAGACCCUGUAUGACCUGCAAAUAAACUCGGGCAUCUCAGACUUGGCCUUCCAGCGCUCCUUCACUGAAAGCAAUCAAUACAACAUCUAUGCGGCUCUGCACAUGGAGCCAGACCUGCUGUUCCUGGAGCUGUCCACGGGGAAGGUGGGCAUGCUGAAGAACUUAAAGGAGCCACCCACAGGGCCAGCCCAGCCCUGGGGGGGUGCCCGCAGAAUCAUGAGGGACAGUGGGCUUUUUGGACAGUACCUCCUCACACCAGCCCGAGAGUCACUGUUCCUCAUCAAUGGGAGACAAAACACGCUGCGGUGUGAGGUGUCAGGUAUAAAGGGGGGGACCACAGUGGUGUGGGUGGGUGAGGUAUGAAGGACCCAGAGCAGAGCCCUGGGCCAAGGAGCACCCCCUAGUCCUGACACUGCAGCCCCAAGCAGGUGCGCUGUACAUUUUUACAGACAAAAGCAAAAACCUGUACUCGCUUUGUGGUUCAACACUGGUCUCCUUGCAAGUUUCCUAGUAUAAGGUAUGCGCUGCUACCAAGAUUGGGGUUUUUUUGUUAGGAAGUAUGAUUUAUGCCUUGAGCUACAAUGAGAACACAUGCUGCUGUGUAAAGGGAUCAUUUCUGUGCCAAGCUGCACACUGCGUGACCUGGGGACAUCAUGGAACCAAGGGAUCCUGCUCUCCAAGCAGACGCCUCUGUCAGUUGCCUUCACAUAGUCAUUGUCCCUUACCGCCAGACCCAGCCAGACUCUGCC